AGGACGUGGAGGAGGAGCUAAGCACAGAUGUUGGCAAGCAGUUGCAGCUGCGGCUCACUUGAAGACGCCUGCUGCUCAUGUGCGACUUCCUGCCUGAUGACACGCAGAUUAUAUCUCUCUGAAGCGAAACCACACCCGCUGUAGUUGGACACGCCCACACUGUGCCUGCAAAUUUUCUGGCGCAGCUUAAGCUCUGAUCCUGCCAUUUGAAGUUGCUCGUCGGACAGAGUCGGACCCGCUCAGGAUGGUCGCCGAGGCAGACACAGUAUCCCAAGGCAGCGGCGUGCGCUUGAAGCAGGAGAUCUCCCUCCUGCACGGGGUUUGCCUUAUCGUGGGCAACAUGAUCGGCUCUGGCAUCUUCAUCUCACCAAAGGGGGUCCUCAUGUACACGGGCUCCUAUGGCUUGUCCUUGGUCAUCUGGGCGGUUGGAGGGGUGUUCUCUGUGUUUGGUGCGCUGUGUUAUGCAGAACUGGGCACCACCAUCCGCAAGUCUGGCGCCUCUUAUGCAUACAUCCUGGAGGCUUUUGGAGGCUUUUUAGCAUUCAUUCGACUGUGGACGUCUCUUCUGAUUGUGGAACCAGCUUGUCAGGCAGUUAUUGCCUUGACUUUUUCCAGCUACCUGGUUCAGCCUUUCUACGCCACCUGUCCUGCGCCUUAUUAUGCUGUCCGCCUCAUUGCUGUGGCCAUCCUGUGUCUGCUGACGUUUGUAAACUGUAUGAAGGUGAAAUGGGGAGCCAUUCUUCAGGUCAUCUCCACCGUGGCCAAAGUCCUGGCUCUUAUUGUCAUCAUCGUCACCGGCCUUGUCAGGCUAGCACAAGGUUUUGAUCAAAACUUUGAGGACUCGUUCAAAAACUCCAAGAUGAACCCAGGCGACAUGGCUUUGGCUCUCUACUCGGCGCUGUACUCUUACUCUGGCUGGGACACGCUCAACUUCAUCACUGAGGAGAUCAAGAAUCCAGAGAGGAAUCUGCCUCUGUCCAUCGCUAUAUCCAUGCCUCUUGUCACCGUCAUCUACAUCUUGACCAACAUCUCCUACUACGUCGUUAUGGAUGCCAACACGGUGCUCACCAGUGAAGCUGUUGCAGUGACUUUUGCAGACAGAGUUCUGGGCUGGGGCCGCUGGCUGAUCCCGCUGUCUGUGGCCAUCUCCUGCUACGGCAGUCUCAACUCCUCAAUCAUCUCUGCCUCCAGAUUGUAUUUUGUCGGUUCUCGAGAAGGCCACCUCCCCAAUGCCCUGUCCAUGAUCCACAUUGAGCGCUACACUCCCAUCCCUGCCCUCCUGUUUAAUGGCGUCAUGUCUCUAGUGUACCUGACCGUGCCGGAUGUGCUCCGUCUGAUUAACUACUUCAGCUUUAACUACUGGCUCUUCAUUGGCCUGUCAAUCGUCAGCCAGAUAUACCUCCGCUUUAAGUACCCCAACAUGCACAGACCCGUAAAGAUAUCCUUGUUCUUCCCAUUUGUUUACUGUUUGUGCACCCUCUUCCUGGUGGUAGUGCCGCUGUACAGCGACACCAUCAACUCCUUGGUGGGGAUUGCCGUGGCACUGUCCGGCGUGCCCGUGUACUUUGUCUGCAUCCACCUGCCAAGCAGCUCCAGGCCAGCCUACCUCAAAAAAAUAAUCAACGCCAUCUCAACUUACACCCAAAAACUGUGCUACUGUUGCGUGGCCUCGCCCGACAUCGACCUGGACAAUGUAGACCUCGACAAGACGGAGUGAAGAACAGGAGGGGGACGGACGGCAACUUUGAGCUGAUGACAAUCAAGUAGAUUUUUUUUCUUUGGAAGGAGGAAGAAGAAACUGGUACAGGCACACACACUGUAUACUUUCUGGUGAUGAAACACAUUCCUCAAACAAGCACACAUCCACAAUAUGACUGGACACCAGUAAAGAAAUGUUAUCUCAAAAGUGUUAGAACACUGUUUUAAAUACAUACACAUACAUGUUUUAUGUACACCAUACAAUGUACAGUAUAGAGCUAUCUCUACUUGGGUUAAGUUGGGUUUUUGGUCUUCGACUGGUAGCAAAAAGUGUUACAUCAGCAAAUUUGCUAAUGAUUUUGUAAUUCUGACAUGACCUGAUCGCAGAGACUCUUGUGUACUGUUUUUUAAUGUUAUCAACACUGCUGGUUACUUUCAGAAUCAAACACACUUGACCUGUUACUACAGAUUGUCGCCACAUUGCUUGAAUUUAUGUGACCUCCGGGAUAUUCCACCAGCUUGGACCUUUUUUUUUUUUGCUUCUUUCACCGGGUUGCACAUUCUCUACGGUCUUAGACUUCUCCUGAUCAAGUGCCAUCAAGCAGCGCUAGCUGGGUCAGUGUAGCGCUGUAGCACUGUUUGCGUAAACUUAAUGUGCCUUCUGUGAGAGUUUCCUGCCAACGUCUAAGCCAGUUAUUGUCGUUGAAAUUACCUGUUGGAUGUCGUCUCGCUAUAGGGGGACAAUUGUGUUUAGCGUCACGUCCACAAGAUUGUAAUUUAGUAAUUAGUGGGAUUAUGCUAACUUGUUCUCUCUCUUCUUAGAGCUGGGUUUUAAUCUAGGAACACACAGCCUUUACUGUUGCCAUAUGCGUAUUUUGGUGUCUCAUUAGAUACCAAAUGUGUGUACUUUGACAAAUGUUCUUGAGAUGCUUGUUGUUAUAUUAUUUAUUUAAAUAAGAACAACCAUUCGACCUUUUUUUCUUUGCCAUAGUGGGCUAUGUUGUUUUUAUAUGCAUGUAUGUAUGUAUGUAUGUAUGUAUGUAUGUAUGUAUGUAUGUAUGUAUGUAUGUGUGUGUGUGUGUGUGUGUGUGUGUAUAUAUA